AUGGAGGCGGAGGCGCGUGAGGCCGCCGAGGCCGAGGACGGCUCCGCGCAGCCCGAGCCCUUCCCGCUCUCCUCGCUCGCCGACCUGUUCGAGGGCGAGGAGGCGGCGGGGGCCGAGGCGCGCGGCCCCCCCGGGGACGCCAAGCAGAACCUGCGCAUGAAGUUCCAGGGAGCCUUUCGGAAGGGCGGCCCCAAGGGUCCGGAGCCGCCCGAGGGCUCUGGGUACGAGGCGGCCGUGGUGCCCGCGCCCAAGAAGGCUCCCAUGGACUCGCUCUUCGACUACGGUACCUACCGGCAGCACCCGUCCGAGAACCGGCGCUGGCGCAGGAGGGUGGCCGAGAAGCCCUCGCCCAAGGCGCUGGCCCCCAGCCCGCCGCCCGUGCUCAAGGUCUUCAACAGACCCAUCCUCUUCGACAUCGUGUCCCGCGGCUGCCCGGCCGGCCUCGACGGGCUCCUCGCCUUCCUGCUGGCGCACAAGAAGCGCCUGACGGACGAGGAGUUCCGAGAGCCCUCCACCGGCAAGACCUGCCUGCCCAAGGCGCUGCUCAACCUCAGCGACGGCCGCAACGACACCAUCCCCGUGCUGCUGGACGUGGCCGAGCGCACGGGCAACACGCGCGAGUUCAUCAACUCGCCCUUCCGCGACGUCUACUACCGAGGCCAGACCGCGCUGCACAUCGCCAUCGAGCGCCGCUGCAAGCACUACGUGGAGCUGCUGGUGGAGAAGGGGGCCGACGUGCACGCGCAGGCGCGCGGCCGCUUCUUCCAGCCCAAGGACGAGGGCGGCUACUUCUACUUCGGCGAGCUGCCGCUCUCGCUGGCCGCCUGCACCAACCAGCCGCACAUCGUGCACUACCUGGCGGAGAACGGGCACAAGCAGGCGGACCUGCGGCGCCAGGACUCCCGCGGCAACACGGUGCUGCACGCGCUCGUCGCCAUCGCCGACAACACGCGCGACAACACCAAGUUCGUCACCAAGAUGUACGACCUGCUGCUCGUCAAGUGCGCCAAGCUCUUCCCCGACACCAACCUCGAGGCCGUGCUCAACAACGACGGCCUCUCCCCGCUCAUGAUGGCAGCCAAGACCGGCAAGAUUGGGAUCUUCCAGCACAUCAUCCGGCGGGAGAUCACGGAUGGGGACGCCCGGCACCUCUCGCGCAAGUUCAAGGACUGGGCGUACGGCCCCGUCUACUCCUCGCUCUAUGACCUCUCCUCGCUGGACACGUGCGGCGAGGACGUGUCCGUGCUGGAGAUCCUGGUCUACAACAGCAAGAUCGAGAACCGCCACGAGAUGCUGGCCGUGGAGCCCAUCAACGAGCUGCUGCGCGACAAGUGGCGCAAGUUCGGUGCCGUCUCCUUCUACAUCAGCGUGGUCUCCUACCUCUGCGCCAUGGUCAUCUUCACCCUCAUUGCCUACUACCGGCCCAUGGAAGGCACCCCCCCGUAUCCGUACACCACCACCGUGGACUACCUGCGCCUGGCCGGGGAGAUCAUCACCCUCUUCACCGGUGUCCUCUUCUUCUUCACCAACGUCAAGGAUCUGUUCAUGAAAAAGUGCCCUGGCAUCAACUCCUUCUUCAUAGAUGGCUCCUUCCAGCUGCUCUACUUCAUCUACUCGGUGCUGGUCAUCGUCACGGCGGGGCUCUACCUGGGCGGCGUGGAGGCCUACCUGGCUGUCAUGGUCUUCGCGCUGGUCCUGGGCUGGAUGAACGCGCUCUACUUCACCCGCGGGCUCAAGCUCACCGGCACCUACAGCAUCAUGAUCCAGAAGAUCCUCUUCAAGGACCUGUUCCGCUUCCUCCUGGUCUACUUGCUCUUCAUGAUCGGCUAUGCGUCAGCCCUGGUCUCUCUCCUGAACCCGUGUCCCAGCACCGAGUCCUGCGGCGAGGAGCCGGACAACUGCACGCUGCCCACCUACCCGUCGUGCCGCGACAGCCAGACCUUCAGCACCUUCCUGCUCGACCUCUUCAAGCUCACCAUCGGCAUGGGCGACCUGGAGAUGCUGGAGAGCGCCAAGUACCCCGGCGUCUUCAUCAUCCUGCUCGUCACCUACAUCAUCCUCACCUUCGUGCUCCUGCUCAACAUGCUCAUCGCCCUCAUGGGAGAGACUGUUGGGCAAGUGUCCAAGGAGAGCAAGCACAUCUGGAAGCUGCAGUGGGCCACCACCAUCCUGGACAUCGAGCGCUCCUUCCCGGUGUUCCUGCGGAAAGCUUUCCGCUCCGGGGAGAUGGUCACUGUGGGGAAGGGCACGGACGGCACCCCUGACCGCCGCUGGUGCUUCAGGGUGGACGAGGUGAACUGGUCCCACUGGAACCAGAACCUGGGCAUCAUCAGCGAGGAUCCGGGCAAGAGCGACACGUACCAGUACUAUGGCUUCUCACACACCGUGGGCCGCCUGCGCCGAGAUCGCUGGUCCACGGUGGUGCCGCGUGUGGUGGAGCUCAACAAGAGCGCGCCGCCCGCCGACGUGGUGCUGCCGCUGGGCGCCGCGGAGCCGCGCGACCGCCGGCACGGCGCCGUGGCCGCCUCCGGGCCGCUCUAG